AUGGCAGGCCGAGGAGAUGCAUCGUUCGCAUGGGAGCUCUGCAAGGAGAACGUAGCCCCGGUCGCGCGGGGAAGGAACGUCGAGAAGCUCAACGCGCUCCUCGUCAAGGCCAACUCGGUCGAGCUCAAGGCGUCGCUGGCCGAGAUGGAGCGGUCCUAUGAAGUCAAGAUCAAGAACGCCAUGAGCCACGAGGACCCGCUCGAGACAUGGGUCGCGUACCAGAAGUGGACCGAGGAGAACUUCCCGUCCGAUACAGCCAAGAACUUUACGAUCCUCGAGCGCGCGACGCGCGCGUUCACGGCCGAUCGUCGCUACCGCAACGACGACCGGUACCUUCGGUUCUGGAUCCAAUAUAUUGACCGGGUCGACAAGCCCAUCGAGGUCUUCAAGUACCUCUACAAGAACAAGAUUGGCGACAAGCUCGCGCUCUUCUACAUUGCGUGGGCGCUCCUCCUCGAGCGCAAGGGCGACGUCAAGAACGCCGAGCUCAUUUACGCCAAGGGCCUCCAAAAAAAAGCCGAGCCGUUUGACGCGCUCGAGCGCAAGCACAGUGAAUUUGAACGGCGGGUGAGCCAAAAGUGGCUGAGCGCUGCAACGUUGCGCGAAGAAGACGAGGACGACGCGCCGCGGGGCCGCCAAGCGCUGGCCCCGACGGCGGCACCAACCAUCGUCGUCCCCGUGGUGCCCCGUCGCCAAACCCCGUCCUCUGUUGCGGCCAACGCGUCGUCGUUUGCCAUUUACUCGGAGAACGACAAGGCCCACGCCAACAGCAGCGUACUCUCGGAGAACAAGAGCAGUGCAUGGAAGGUGCUGCCAUCGGCCAAGGUGGUCAACAAGGAGAACGAACAAAAGCCGUCAAUUUGGGCGGGCGCGGGCCUCGCGCCACGGGCAGGACAUGCGUUGUCGACGGUGUACGACGAGCCGACAGCGCCGCCUGUCGAGAUUUUUGUCGACGAGAGUGCUGCGACGCGCACGUCGAGUCGCAAGCGACCGCAUGCAGGCCACGACACGGGCCGCGCACUGCGUCCGCGGCUCGACGAACGGUCGAUGACGCCCGCGGUGCUUCCGUCCAACGAUGAAAACCCGACGCAACCCACGGUGUCGACCAAGCCAGAUCCCUCGGCCCGCAAGACGACCAAGCCCGCGACCAAGCGCGACAUUCUUCGCGUCAACAUGGAAAUGCUCAAGGUGCCUGGGCAGGACGAUCUCUGCUUUGAGGAAGUGCGCGCCCAGCGAUACUGGAAGGCGAAGGCUGCCAAGGCACAGGCGGCUGUAGCGGUCCAGGCCCCGGUGGCGCCGGUGCCGACGAACAAACCUGUGCGCAACGGGUUCCUCGUCGACGAUACAGAUGACGAAGUUGUCCAACAAGCCCCCGCGCCGCAAAAGUGGCAGCCGACUGUACGUCCGACCGUGGCGCCCGGCGGUGUCUUGGCCGUGACCGGCGCCUUGCAUCCCCUCGCAGCGAUCGCAGACGACGCCAAGUACACGCAAGACGACAUGACGUUCAACACGCGCAUGGCGUACGAAGACAUUGGCAGCAUGUUUUGCAGCCCAACUAAAGCUGUCCCGGUGGUCGCGUCGCCGACGAAAGAGCAGUUGACGUCGUUCCGCAAGUCCAACUGGGUCCCGAAAACCGAAGAACCGAUCGUGCGCAAAUUGCACUUUUCGGCGUUCAAGGCCAAGCCCCACGGCCGCAACGAUGACGACGACGAGGAUGACGAUGAGAGCACGCCAGCUGUCGACGCCAACCCGGCGUUCCUCAUCUUUACAGAAGAAAAUGACAAGUCGGGGCCGGUCGUGCCGCACAAGAAGGACCCAAACCGCAAGGCGCUUGGCGAUCGCAACGACAUUGCCAAGUCGACAAAGAAGACCAACAAGGACGUGCUCGGGUUCAGUCUUUUGCCCACGACGUUGGGCGACCGCGGGGGCACCGACCACUUGGACCUGCUUGCCCCCACCAAGUUGAGCGAGGGGCGCCUCGUCGACCCGUAUGUGACCAAGCAUCGAAAAGAGAUGGUGCAGUCCCAGACGCUCGCGACGCUCCUGUGCUCGUUGGGCACCGGUGUCUACGUGUACAAGCACGUCUUUGACGCCAAGCUACCCAUUUUCAAGCAAAAGGGACCGAUCAAGUUCAAAGCACCGAUUGCUGUGCGCUUCAACCACUUUAUGGUGUGCCAUCUGACGGGCCGCCUCGGCUCGGGCUCGUUCGCGUCGGUCUACGCUGCGACGUUUCCGUCCAUCGAAGACACGGAGCUCAUGGACCACGAGGUCGCCAUGAAGCAUGAAAAAGGGGUCGAGUUUCUCCCGUGGGAGUUCUACGCGAUCCAGACGAUCCACAACCGCACUAAACCGUCGCGCUGGGCGCUCUUUCCCCGAUUGCAUCCGUUUGUGAUCCAAGUCGACCAGUUGCACGUGUACCAGAACGCAACGUUCUUGUGCCUCGAGCGCAGCUACCGGGGCACACUCCACGACCUCGUCAACACGUACGCCAAGCACGGCAAGGCGGUGCCCGAGAACCUCGCCAUGUUUUACACGCUCCAAAUGCUCCGGUCGAUCCACAUGGUGCAUGCCGCGCACUUUCUGCACGGCGACAUCAAGCCCGACAACUGGGUGCUCCUUCGCGGCAGUGCGCUCUCGACCGGCGCGGCGGCGUUCGAGACGUCGGAGCUGAGCCUCAUCGACUUUGGCCGGUCGAUCGAUCUGCACCUGUAUCCAAAAGGCACGUGCUUCAAGGGCGACUGCCACGCCAAAGGCUUCCAGUGCGUCGAGAUGCUCACAAAGCGGCCGUGGCGCCACCAAGUCGACGCGUUUGGUGUCAUCGCCACAGCCCACUUUCUGCUCUUUGGCGACUACAUCGAGCUCCACACCACGUCGUCGUCGACGUGGCGCAUCAAGCGGCAGUGGAAGCGCUACUGGCGAUCGGAUCUCUGGAGUGUCCUUUUUGAUACCGUCUUGAACGUACCGUCCUGCGAUGCACCACCCGACCUCUUGGCGCUCGCGACGACACUCGAGCAAUACUACACAGACGAUGCAUCCAAGAUCAAGGAACUCACGCAGUUGCUUCGCGCCCAAGAUCGCAUGGUGCCAAAGUCCUCCCUGUGA